AAACAUUGAUGGCUCCACUCCUCAGGGCUGUCAGAAGAUCCCUGGCCCAACGCCCAGUAAACCUUUUGUCUCCUAUUUCAGAUGUUUUGUUGUGAUUUCUGACCUUGGGGGUGUGUGAGCUGUAAGGAAUAAGCAGUAUAAAAGAUGUAUCCAGCCAGUCCAAAGUUGGGUCUGGCACACCUUGGUGCAUCCACCUUCUUUGCCUCAGCUCACCCCAGUGAGUCGUGUGGCAGCAAUGGCUUGCCACUCACACCAAAUUCAAUCAGAAUCUAUGGUCGUGCUCGAGCCUUGCACCUCAUCAACCAUCCCCACUUAUGUUCUUAUGUGGAUAUUCACAGAGGAAAGCAUGAGAGAAUAAUGGUGAUUCAAGAGUAUUAUCUGCUGAACUUGCGGAUGGCUGUACAGAAGUAUCCAGAGUUUAGAUGCCACAGAAGUCUUGCUAAAGUGGCCUAUCAGGUGAUUCAAGGACUUGUAUACCUUAAUAACUUUGGAACUGUCAACUGCAAUUUAAGCCCAGAAAACAUCUUGAUUGAUCCCUGUGGUAGAGCCAAGCUGUAUAAUUAUGGUCUUUUCUACAUGACAGAAGCUGGUACUGCAGUUUCCUUUCCUCUUGGGAGCAUUCAGUAUACAGCACCAGAGAUCUUGCUACAAGGAUGGAGCCAAGAAGGAGGUACUGGUGGGGCUACAGUGUCGGGUAAUCCCGCCUGGGAUGUUUGGUCUCUUGGCAUGAUUAUGGCUGAGAUUAUAAUGGGAUCUUCACUUUUUAGUAGGUAUGAUAAUGUUGAAAGCUUAGUGUCUGAAGUCUUAAGAAUGUCUAUGGCAAAUGAUCCACUCCACUACUUGUCACAAACUCAUGAUGCAGUUACCAAGAUCGGUGCAUUAACAGAAGAAAUGAGAGAUUUUCUACGCCUUUGUCUGACAGUGGACCCAGAAGACCGACCAGUACCACGCAACCUGUUGUCCCAUGUGCUCUUCAAGCCAUUUGUUAUUUCAUCUUCUCUUAUUCCUGUUCCUCCUCACUUCCCAGUUAUUGAUCCCUCUCUCUGCUUGGUAGAUUUUGUACACUAUAAGGCCAAAUUAGGAGUGAUGGAAAAUGAGAGAGAUCAGCUCAUGGAGUAUCCUUUGGUGCCUGAUGAUGAUUUCAUUCAACAAACUCAUACAGAUGAAAGACCUAAACUUAGAACUGGAAAGAGAGACCAGCUGUGUGAACGUCCUAUGAGAGAGGUGUACCAUUUAUGGCAGUUGGCUGGCGGUAAUGUAGAACAAGAACUUAGGAAGCAAAAACUUGUUAGGAUUAAACCAGCCAUACUUACACUUCCCAGUGUGAUGGUGGUGGAGGGAGAAGUGUUUGGUGGAGGUAUACACCGACGUCAACUGCUGGAGACUACGACCAUCAUUUUGCCACUACACAAUCUACGUAACAGACUAGCUCACAUACCUCCUGAGAAAUAUUACCCUCUCAUUACUCAAGGAGAAUGUGGUAAAGAUCAUCUGGAGACUAGUAAGCUUCCACUCGUGAUAAGAGAACGUGAUGUCGAGUACCAAUUCCAUCGUUUGCUCAUUUUUGAGAGAUUACUUCAGUCAUACCCAUUCAAGGCAGAAAGUAUUCUGCGAGAAGCUAGAAAAGACACUCCUCCGUUCUACCGAGCUCUAGUAUGGGCAUCACUUCUGGCCGUUGAUGGUGCUGUAGCACAUACCUACCACCAAAUUGACAAGGAAACUCCUACUCCAACAGACAGACAGAUUGAGGUGGACAUCCCAAGAUGCCACCAGUACGACGAACUGUUAUCGUCACCACAGGGACAUGCCAAGUUUGCACGCGUUCUGAAGGCCUGGGUGGUGUCACAUCCUCAUUUGGUGUAUUGGCAAGGCUUGGACUCACUCUGUGCACCAUUUCUUUAUCUCAACUUUAAUAAUGAAGCUCUGGCAUAUGCCUGCUUGUCUCAGUUUAUCAACAAGUAUCUACACAAGUUUUUCUUGAGGGACAACAGUGCUGUGAUACAAGAAUACCUGGCAAAGUUCUCCCAUAUGAUUGCCUUUCAUGAUCCACAGCUUUUUAACCAUCUGGACAACAUUGGCUUCAUCCCUGAGCUAUAUGCCAUUCCUUGGUUUCUCACCAUGUACACACAUGUUUUUCCAUUGCAAAAGAUUUUCCUGUUAUGGGAUACUCUUCUGCUAGGAGAAGCAUCCCUGCCAUUAUGCAUAGGAGUGGCUCUUCUACGACAGUUGAAAGACAGACUGCUGCAGUUUGGAUUCAAUGAGUGUAUUCUCCUUUUUUCUGAUAUGCCAGAUAUUGAUAUGGAACGUGUUGUACGCGAAUCAGUUCAAGUAUUCUGCUCUACUCCUCCUUCAGUCACAUACCGACAGCAUGAACGACCUAGACUUGACCCUAGCAAACAUAGCUCAACCUCUCCCCAUCUUACUCAAACCAAUCAAGAUUUGGCAAUGGAUGCAGUACCAGUAGCAGAGCUCAAGGCAGAAAAAUGUCCUCGUGCUUGUGGUGCCGACUUAUUGGAGCUGUUGGCUCAUAAGAAAAGCCGCAGUGGCAGAGCCAAAGUUUUGGUGGUAGAUAUUCGACCAUCUGAUGAAUUUGCCCGUGGUACAUUGGUAGAUGCAAUAAAUUUGCCUGCAGAAUCCUCAAUAACCCAUGAAGGUUUGUUAGCCCCUGGACCCCAGUACGACAUUCUUAAUUCCUAUCGGGGUAAAAUCGUGUGCGUUAUGGGUUCGCGGAACAACUGGGAACAAACCGUAAAGUUUGCAGAAAUGCUUAUAGCACAAGAGUUUCCACGAGUGUGUACACUGCAUCGAGGUGUGGAAGUUUUCCGUGCAUCAGGAGCUCUAGUUGUGCCAACCUGAGCUCGCUCACUCACUUCACAGUAAAGAGUAUUAAAUUAUAUCAUUAAUACAAUAAUGUGUAUAUUGUACUUUUAACAUUUUAUGAUGAUACUUUUACAAAUUAUAUUGCCUCAUUACAAAUAUUUUAACAUGUUUUUUAGCGUUUCGAUGUUUUUCAGUUGCAUAUUGAAGUCAUUUUUGCCUAAUUCUCUUGGACCUAAUUGAUUUGAAAGUUCUUUGUUUAAGUAACUUUUUACUUUUGUAUACUGAUUAGUUUUGCAUCAUUAGUACUACAAUCAAGUAAAAUAUAAUUAAAAAAAAACUGAUCAUCUUAGUCUUGUUUGGAUAGUCAGAAAAAGUAAAUUUGUACAGCAUCAGUUCUAGUAAUUAUAAUUCAACUUUUUUUUGCAUGAAUGUUGUUUUGGCCAUUGCAAAAUAUUUAAGUAAUGUUGGCAGAUCAGAUCUGAUUAAAUGUUUUAGAAUUUCUGAAGUAAUUAUCAAAAGGCACCAAGCCGAGAAGGCUAUGUAGCACCAUCAAAUGUGCGGAAUAUUAAAAAAGGCAUUACAUAUCACUACUUAGGAUGCCAAUACAAGAACAAAAGCACACAAAGGGAACAACAUCAAAGGUAUCCAAUUCACCAAGGAUUCUGUCGAGGGACAAGUGACCGCGGGGAGGAUGGUCGGGAAGCAAGACACACACAUCCUGGAAGUCAGGACAUUCAACAAGGAUACACACGCCCAUAAGAGGGGACAGUAAGGAGCAGGGCGGUGCUCCAUUAAGUGCCAGUGAAUUAAACGGGUAUGGCCAAUACGUAACCUCACCAGAGCUGUUUCCAUCACCAGUUAUGGUGGUAGGAGGAAGGCCAGAGGGACACGCUACCCUUAAGAGCAUGCAGUUUUUUACCAGUAACAGAAGACCAACAGUCCUGCCAAUGGGCAAGGAUUAAGGAAUGAAUAACUAGGUAGAAGUCGAAAUAAGGAACACCUUUGCUGGAAAUGGGACAAGUGCAGAUAGCCUCCUGUGCAGCAGCAUCUGCACGCUCAUUUAAGGAAACCAACAUGGCUGGAAACCCAGCAAAACUCGACUGUCUUUAAUCUGCUGGAGAUGAGAAACAGCAGAUUUCUGCUGUUUCUGCCAAUGUUGAAUUUCGACGACCAUAGGAUGGACAGGAUUAAAGAACUCCAGAGCUAUGAAAGCACUGAGUCAACUACAACAAAAAGAAAAAUGAAGGCGAAAAAACAGUUUGAGCACAGAAAAUUGUAUAGAUAGCAUUCCAAAAACCACACAGACAGACAUUACCCAUACGUUCAAAAGAGUUUGCAGACGCAACUCAUUAGAGCAAUGGGGCAGAAGUCUUUACAGGAUGACUCUAAAGAACCAGGUUUUCAAAUAGCAAGAACAACUUUUUAUAAGCCGCAUUGCCACUUUACAUUGCAAAACUGUCAUUAAUAAGCAGCCGAUGAGUCACAGUAACAUGGCCGAAGAAAUUUUGACCAAACAACACAAGAAAGUUAAGAAUCAACGACGUUUCAGUCUGUACUGGACCAUUAUCAAGCCAUAUAGAUACGGGAGACCCAAGACAGUGAUAAUGGUCCAGGAUGGAUUGAAACAUCGUUUCUUCACUUUCUGAUGUGUGGUUUGGUCAUCACAUCUGUCAUUAAUAAUUCAUCAAAAAGAAUUAAAGCAGUUUGAGACAUUGUGACAUCAUCACUGAAUAAGAAGAAUGAAUUAAAGCACUAAUUGUAUGGGCAUUAAGAAAUAGCUGUAAUUAUUCCUCCAUACACGAGAGAUAAGAAUGACUUCAAGCGUUGAAUCAUCAACAUCAACAUUGAUUUAAUGUCAAUAAUGUUGUUUCAACAUUACUUGAGCAUAUUUUGCCCACUGGGAGGAAUAAAAACAGGAAGGAGGGGGAGAGGUGGAAGGAUUGGGAAGUGAGAGAACAAAGUGAGGAGAUAUAAAGAUAAAACAGCAAGGAAGGAGGGGAGGGAGGGAAUUAUCCGGGGAAAGCGCCAAGCCAUUACUACUAUAUAGCACUGGGAAGAGGUCAGGAUAAGGAUUUGGGAUGGGACGGGGGAAAGGAAUGGUGCCCAACCACUUGGACGGUCAGGGGAUUGAACACCGACCUGCAUGAAGCUAGACCGUCGCCCUACUGUCCAGCCCAAGUGAUUGGGUAGGAAUGUUAAACAUACAUAUUCUUGAGUCACUCUUGUGACUAGAACAUCUGAUAAUUAGUGUGAUUUAUCUACCUAUCUAGACAGCAGCAUUGUAAUGUCUUAGGUUUCACUCAUACAACUGUUGUAGAAAUUUUGUUGAUAUAAAUUGCCACAUUUCCAUAAAUUAUAAUGCAAAAAUAUACUACAGUUAGUAUAAUAAAACAAAAAACAAAA